GGACUCGGCGGAUCGGCAAUGAGCUGUCAAACUUUAAGGAGGAAAGUCGCAUCUCAGACCGCGCCCUGAACCCCCCCCUCAUUUCCAGGGGACACCUCCCGGGGAGAACCGCCUCGGCUCGCACAUUUCUGCAAGACUUUUCCCAGAUAAAUAUUUUCACAACUGGGAAAAAGGAAUGAACAUGCAGGGAAAAGCCGCCGCGAUGCGUUUUGACAUUGAGAUAAUACUCGUGGUGAUUCUUGCCGCUGGUUCCUGCGCACUACCGGACAAAAAGGUUUGCCAGGGAAUCAACAACAAGCUGACGCUCUUAGGGACACCAGAUGACCACUACAAGAACCUUGUGAGGAUGUACAGCAACUGCACUGUAGUGCUGGAGAACCUGGAGAUCACCUAUACUGAGGAUUACCAUGAUCUGUCUUUUCUCCAGACAGUCCAGGAGGUGGGUGGCUAUGUGCUAAUUGCCCUCAACAAGGCAGCUAACAUCCCCCUGGACAACCUGCGGAUCAUAAGAGGCCACACCCUCUACGAAGACAUGUUCGCCCUGGCCGUCAUGUCCAACUACGAGAAGCAGUUCACCACAAAGACGCAAAAUUUCACCAAGGGAGUGAGGGAGUUGUCACUGAGGAGCCUCACAGAGAUUCUAAAAGGCGGUGUGAAAGUGACCCGCAACCAUUUGCUGUGUAACGUGGAGACAAUUCAGUGGUAUGACAUCAUGAACAAGAACAGCAAUCCAGCCAUGGAGUUAAUAUUAGAGAAUAAUAGCCAACACUGUGAAAAGUGUGACCCUGGCUGCUUCAAUGGAUCGUGCUGGGCACCAGGCCCAGAAAACUGUCAAACCUUCACCAAGCUAAAUUGCGCGGAACAGUGCUCCCGGAGGUGUAAGGGUCCCAAGCCCAGCGACUGCUGCAACGAGCACUGUGCUGCAGGAUGCACUGGGCCCAGACCGACAGACUGCCUGGCUUGCCGAGACUUCCAGGAUGACAGUACAUGCAAGGACACUUGCCCCCCCCUCAUGCUGUAUAACCCUAACACUCACCAGCUGGUCGUCAAUCCGGACAGGAAGUACAGCUUCGGGGCCACCUGUGUUAAGGACUGUCCACAUAACUACGUGGUGACUGAUCACGGGGCCUGCGUUCGAACAUGCAGCGCAGACAUGUACGAGGCGGAUGAGAAUGGGGUCCGAAAGUGCAAGAAAUGCGAUGGGCCGUGUCCCAAAGUGUGCAACGGCCUGGGAAUGGGACCGCUAACUGGAGUUUUGUCAAUCAACGCAUCAAAUAUAGACUCUUUCAGAAACUGCACCAAGAUUAACGGGGAUGUUUCUAUCAUUUCAACCACAUUUAAUGGUGACACCUACACCAAAACACCGAAACUGGAUCCCUCCAAACUCAACAUCUUCAAGACAGUGAGAGAAAUUUCCGGAUUUCUGCUGAUUCAGUCUUGGCCAGAACGUCUAACCUCCCUCAGUCCAUUUGAAAAUUUGGAAAUAAUUCGUGGAAGAACCAAGCAGCUAGGUACGGUCAGUUUUGCUGCACUCAACAUUUCCAUCACCCACCUGGGUCUGCACGCCCUGACGGAGAUCAGUGAUGGAGAUGUGGUCAUCAGGAACAACCCCAAACUGUGCUUCACCAGUGGUCAGCAGUGGAGGAUGCUAUUCAGAUCAGACAAGCAGAGGUCUAAGGUGGAGGGCAAUGCAAAGUCCACAGUGUGUAAGCUGCACAACAACACGUGUGACACCAUGUGCACAGAGGAGGGAUGCUGGGGCCCGGGGCCCACUAUGUGCUUCAGCUGCCUGCACUUCAUGCGUAGGGGGCGCUGUGUGGCCGCCUGUAACCUUCUGCUCGGGGAGCCACGUGAGUAUGUGGAGAACACAACAUGCCUGCAGUGUGACGCGGAGUGCAAGCUUCAGAACGGGACAAAGACAUGCCACGGCCCGGGCCCCGAUAAAUGCCUAGAGUGUGCUCAUUUCAAAGAUGGCUCCCACUGCGUCUCCAAGUGUCCUUCUGGUGUGCCGGGGGAGAGGGACACUUACAUCUGGAAGUAUGCUGAUAAGAUGAAGGUCUGCCAGUCAUGCCAUGAGAACUGCACGCAAGGAUGCACUGGUCCAGGUUUGGCAGGGUGUGACACCAAAAGUGGCUCCCGGCUGCCGCUGAUCGCCGCCAGCGUGGUGGGGGGGCUGCUGGCCUUCGUCAUCCUCUCCCUGGGUGUCCUGGUGCUGCUGCGGAGGCGACACAUCGCCAGGAAGAGGACACUGCGGCGGCUGCUGCAGGAGCGAGAGCUAGUCGAGCCACUGACUCCGAGCGGAGAGGCUCCCAACCAGGCGCUGCUCCGGAUCCUGAAGGAGACGGAAUUCCGGAAGGUCAAGGUGCUUGGCUCUGGAGCCUUUGGGACCGUUUAUAAGGGAUUGUGGGUUCCAGAAGGAGAGGAUGUGAAGAUACCAGUGGCCAUCAAGGUGCUGAGAGAGGCCACAACCCCCAAAGCCAAUAAGGAGAUCCUGGAUGAGGCCUACGUGAUGGCCAGCGUGGACAGCCCCUAUGUCUGUCGCCUGCUGGGCAUCUGCCUGACCUCCACUGUGCAGCUCAUCACACAGCUGAUGCCCUACGGCUGUCUGCUGGAUUACAUCAAGGAGAACAAGGACAACGUGGGCUCCCAGUAUUUGCUCAACUGGUGUGUGCAGAUCGCCAAGGGCAUGUCCUACCUGGAGGAGCGUCACCUGGUCCAUCGUGACCUGGCAGCCAGGAAUGUCUUGGUGAAGACCCCCCAGCACGUCAAGAUCACCGACUUUGGCCUGGCCAAGCUCCUCAACGCCGAUGAGAAGGAGUACCACGCCGAUGGUGGGAAGGUGCCAAUCAAGUGGAUGGCUUUGGAGUCUAUUCUGCACAGGACCUACACUCAUCAGAGUGAUGUGUGGAGUUAUGGCGUGACAGUUUGGGAGCUGAUGACCUUUGGGUCAAAGCCAUACGACGGCAUCCCAGCCAAUGAGAUCGCAGGGGUCCUGGAGAAAGGCGAGCGCCUGCCACAGCCGCCUAUCUGCACCAUCGACGUCUACAUGAUCAUGGUUAAAUGCUGGAUGAUUGACGCGGAGAGCAGGCCUCGUUUCCGGGAGCUUGUGGCUGAGUUCUCUAAGAUGGCCCGUGACCCACAGCGGUACCUCGUGAUUCAGGGAGAUGAGUGCAUGAACCUUCCGACGCCCACCGACACGAAGUUCUACCGCACGCUCAUCAGCAGUGAGGACAUGGAGGACGUGGUGGACGCAGACGAGUACCUUGUCCCAUACCGCGGUUUCUUCAAUGGGCCCAACACUCCCCACACCCAGCCACAUCUUCUGAACUCCAUGAAUGGAUAUCCCAAUUUCAUCCUCCGUUACAUCACUGACCCAACGGAUGGCUCCUUUGAGAAGGACCUGCAAUCUAUUCCAGAAUAUGUGAACCAGAGUGAAACCGCUUUGUCAGACGUUAUGAAUCCAAACUACCAAGAUCCCGGGCCUCCCUGCCUCAGUCUGUCCUCUCCUGUUGGGGGCGAUGUUGAGGAGACAGAAGUUGAGUACCUUAAAUCCUUCAAAAGCAUAUCUGAGGGACCCGAGUACCUGAACACAGCACAACCCACCCUCCCCCGGGCCACCUUCACCCGGCCUCGUCUCGGUGACUAUCAGACUAGCCUGGACAACCCAGACUAUCAACAGAACUUCUCCCCCAUGGAUAAGUCUCAACUUAAUGGACACUACCUGCCAGCUACAGAGAACUUUGAAUACUUGGGCUUGACCACUGCUGUACAGGCUGAGGUCCACUAGUGGAGUUAAGAGGAAUGAACAUUUCAGGAAAUAUUCCUUUUUUUUCCAGACUCUUGGGAUUCCAGCUUGUGUAGCAGAAAGUGUUUUGGAGGUGUUAUAGGUUGAUUUCAUUUGUGUUUGUCUUUGCUUAAUGUCAUAGAAGUCUGCUUUGAAGGCUCCAGUGACUGUCUGAUGAUGAGAAACAACCAAAAUGCAGCACACAGGAAUGAUCUCUGACCUUUAAAUGACAUUUCCGUUACUUAGUUUAUGUGUCUUAAAAGCUCUUUUUCAGUGGUUACCUUUCGUUUGGAAGCACCAGAGGUGUCAGGGCCAAGUGUACAUUUCAAGACAUUGACACCUUUUAUCUUUAAGAUGUUUAAUGCAAGAUCUUCACACAAAGGUCUAAAAGAGCUUCUUGUGUAUAAAUCCAGCAUUGAUCCAGUGCAAAACUGUUAUUUUAAUGUUGAUGAUUCCAUCAACCCUUUUAAAACUUUCUCAGAAAAAAAAUGCAUCCCAAUUUCUCUUGUUUGUUGAUUUUUUUUGUCUAAAAUGUGAAUAAGAAGGACGUGGGUCAAUGGAAGAAGAAACAAACAGAUCUUUGAUGAUCCGUGAUGCUCAUAUGGGCAAAUAUAGCUUAGAUUUAGAGUUAUAGUUUUACAAUUUUGGCCUUGAGGGCAUAAACACAGUGAUAAACAGUAAAGAAGACAUUGUUGAUGUCCUUGUUGGAUACCAGGAUGUGUAAUAUAUAAAGAAUGCUACUUAUUGUUACAUGGUAUUUAUGUCAGAAUGUAUUGAUAUACUGCCAAACAUGUAUGCUUUAAUAUGCUUUUAAUUUAUGCUUUUUGUAUAAACGGCCAUUGAUGAUUGUUUAUAUUUUUUAUUUCAAUGCCAAGAUUCUCUAUGUUUUGGGAUACUAAGGUCUGUCAUAGUAUUGGGGUUUAACUUUAUUCAAAAAGCUGAAUCAACCAUCUCCGUCUGAUUUUCCAUGUGAUUUAGCUUUUGCUCUUCCUUGUUAAACUGCUUCACAUAGAUGUAAUUUAACAAUUAGGAUUGAGUGUCAAUUAAUGUUCAUUUCAAAUUAGGUUAGGGUAGCAAAUCUUAGAAUGCAGUAGCACAAUAUUUUUAAUGGAAAAAGCACUCGGUCUCGAAGUGCUUAAAAUAAUUUAUUUUACCCAAAGGUUGAAUUUGAAAUUAGCCUUUAAUAAUUGAUGUUCAAUUGUGGUUAUGUUACUUUGCUUUCUUAAUCUAGGUUAAGCAUGGAAAUGCCAUUUCAAUGUAAUGAAAUGUGUUUUAAAGCUAAUGUUGACCUUUUCUAUUCUUCCGCCCAGUCUCAGUAAAAUGUAUUUUCAUGGAGUGAAGACAGUUUGACAACAUGUGAGAGCAUUUGACGGUUUUACCGUGAUUAUCAGAAUGAAAGUUCAAGUACAUGUAGCAAGUUGUUGCUUUGAGAUGUCAACUACAUUUUAUAAAACCAGCUUUACUAUUCAUUAGAUUUUAAACUUCAAAACAGAAUUCAGUACAAAAAUGGCUUGUUUUGGAAGUUUUUCUUAGGAAUAUCUGACUCAACAGAGAUCGAAAGCCAUUAUUAUUAUUAGACACCAUUGAACUGAUGUGGAUGGAGACUCUUAGACUGCAUUGCUUCAGAACCUGGUUUCCUCUAGGCCUUCAGAUUUUUGAGUUCAUUCAUCUUCUUCUUGGAUGUCCUUUUCUUCUUCUGUUUUCAACUAUUGCAAGUAAUAUGAUCUUUUCCAAUGCACUGGGUCUUCUCAAGUGAAAGUCUGGGCUUAAUUUUAUGAAGAAUCCUGUUUGUUUUCCUUGUGGUGCAAAGCUUUUUCUUAGAAGUCUUCACCCAAACCACAAUUCAAAGGCUGCCUUGCUUCUUCAUUGUCCAGCUUUCACAUCCAUAGGAAAUAGUAUAUUCUGAAUAUUUCUAAUCUUUGUUCUUAGAGAUACUUCAGUACUUUUGAAGACUUUACUCUAGGCUCUUCAUCAUCAUUGUUGAGGUUUGAUUCAAAGAGUCAAUAGUCGUCAUGAGCUGUAGGCCUUCACCAGUAACACUACACCUGACUGCAGUUUCCAUGGUCGUAACCUCUAUUCCCUUCAUGUUUAGCCCCAUCUUUUCAUUUAACCCUUUAAUGUUCCUUAUAAAGGUUCUCAUGUAUCUUUUGUCUUCUGCUGAAAAUGUGGCGUUAUAAUCUCAUUGAAGGUUGAUAACAUUGCUUUCUUCAAUCGACUUCUCUCUUUACAUUCUGUUCUACAUACAAGGCGAACAGCUAUUUAAAUGCAUACAGGGAGGAUAAAAUGCCUGACUGGCCUGGCCUCACUUUGGAAAUCACCAAGAGUAACAUAGUUGCUAUGGGGUUGGUUGGUCUGCAUGCAUCCUCCUUAACCAACUAGAUGAUUGGUCUAGAAAAGUCAUGAAUGUAUGGACUGAUGGACAUUGAAUUUGGUAAUAUUCUUAUAUUACAUGUAAUAGAUUCCUUUUAAGAGUUGUAUAAAAGGAUAAUAUUCUGCAUAGUCUUCAUAUAGCAUUACACAAAUAGAAUUACUUGCUAGAAUUGUUUUUAUUUUCCAUUUUGGAAGUAGAAUAAUGCAAGUCUUUUCUUUUGACCUUAAACUUGAAUAUUAUAACCUGGUAAACACUGUGAAUUUUGUUUUAUACUUUUUCUCUGUUCUGAAAUGUUCUCUUGCUUUUGGAGAAGUAUCAUUGGCCAUUGGUGUUACUGUUGAUUGUUGUUUAAAAGAGAUCUGGUACAGUUGUUAAGCCACUUGAAGGCUCCUUUUAUGAUGCUUUCAUUAUUAUAAACAUGUCACAGCAGGUUAGGACAACUUACUGUCAUAACCUGAUGACAUAGUAAAAUGUUAUGAUGAAGUGACAUAAACAGUAUUUCACUUUUAAUGUCUUAUGUCACACGUUUGCUAUGAGACUACUGUCAAAAUUCAUUAAAACAUUCCAGUUACUAUUCAUAA